AUGGUGGUCAGUGGACUUAGAGACCUCCAAACAGCGAACCAGAGAUUAAAACCUCUCUCUCUCUCUCUCUCUCUCUCUCUUGAAACCACAAACCGCGAAACCCCAAACUUUGAAACCCUAGGUUUUCAGAUUAGAGAUGCUCCGGCAAGGUUGAAGCUCAGGCCGCAAUCCCUCUAUCGAUCUCCGGCGGCGAACCUUCUCUCCGACCAGUUUUUCAAAUUUCUAGAUUUUUUGAUUUCCGACGGGUUCAAGCUUUCCGGCGACUUUCAGCCAUGGAAGCUGUCAACAACAGCAACAACAACCGCCAUUGCCGUAGCAACAAUAGCAACAACUACAGCUCCAGCUCCAACCAAAUCCAGAACUGGGGUGAUGCUUACUGCGACUGUGGAGAAAAAGCCCCCUCGAGGACUUCAAAACAAAUGCGACUUCAAAACAAAUGCCAAUCCUGGAAGGAGAUUCUUGGGUUGUGUGAACUACGAGGAAGAGAAUGCAUGCAAUUUUUUCAUAUGGGUUGAUCCUCCUCCUUGUCGUAGAGGACUAGAGUAUGAUAGAAAUUUGCAGAACAAGGUCAAAGAGCCGCAGAAGGAGGAUAUGAUCUGAAGAGGUUGAAUGAAGUUGCGGAAAUGGACAAGGAAAAGAUGAUGAAGAAGAUGGACAAGCUGUGGAGAAUGAACCAUGAAUUGAAGAAGAAAAAUGAAAUGAUGUGGAAAUGCACUGUACUGUGUAUGGUAGUCAUAGGUUUACUCUUGGUAGUUUGAUUGGCUAAUUGGAAACCCACCUCUGACAGGAUGUUGUACCUGCCACGAAAUUUUGGUAAUGCAUUGUACUUUUGUACACUAAUGCAAUGCAAUGAAAUAUGUGGUUUGUA